AUAAACAUAUCAAACACAAAUUUUAUGUAUGUUUAACUUUUUGAAUUCAAAUUGUUUAAGAUGGUUGAUAUAUUAUUUGAUGUUAUGACAAUAUGUUAAUUAUAGAUAUGUGAUUUGAGUUCUAAAACAAGCUUAAUAAUUUUCAUUUUCAGUUCUUAUUUACGAUUCUGAACUUGUCCUAACUAUACAUAUAUAGUGUUUUCUCUUUCUGAUCUUUACAUUGCUUACAUUUGCUAUUUAGUUAUUUUCGUUUCAUAAAAACAAAAAUAAAACCAUCUUUUAUGUUUUAGUUUUCUUUCAUAAUCUUGAUUUAUGUGGAUCCGACUUUUAAAUAUUACAAGUUGUUAUGUACUUCCGGUAGUUAGAUAGACUUUUAAAAAUCUAAAAAUCAUUAAUCCAAUCCUAAAUUCUUCUUAUUUACAAAUAUCGACAGUUGAUCAUUUCAACAUCAACAAUAAUUCAUUAACCAAACAUGUCGACGUUAAUUAGUACGAAAUACCGACACUUAUUUUGAUUGAGAUUAUCUUCUUCUCUUUUAUAAAACAAAACACAAUCUAGUAUUCUAAACUCAAUAACCUCCACACAAACAACGAGAAAGAUGAUGCCUAAAGCUAAUGUAAUCUUCUCUUCCACCAUUACCAUCUUCCUCCUCCUCUCCAUCUCCCAUUUCCAUGGAGCUCUUUCUCAAUCCGAUAAAGAGUGCACACCCGAGUAUGACAACACAUGUACCGACAAAAACAAAGCAUUUAAUCUCAAACUCGUAGCAGUCUUUACAAUUCUCAUCACAAGUCUUAUCGGCGUUUGCCUCCCGUUGUUCGCUCGUUCAGUUUCUGCUUUCCAACCAGAGAGAUCUCUCUUCCUCAUCGUCAAAUCGUUCGCCUCGGGAAUCAUACUCGCUACUGGUUUCAUACAUGUUCUACCUGAUUCCUUCGAAAUGCUCUCUUCUCAUUGUCUUAACGAUAACCCCUGGCACAAGUUUCCAUUCACCGGUUUUGUCGCCUUGAUCUCGGCAGUGUUCACACUCAUGGUUGACUCUAUUACCACUAGCCUCUUCAGUAAGUCCGUUAGGAGAGACCCAUGUGCCGAUGUGGCAUCCGCCGCGAGUCCUGACGAGGAGAUGGGGCAUGUGUCUCAUUAUGGUCAUGGUCUUCAUCAUAGCAACGGGAAAGAACUUGGUUCUAAUUUACAGCUUCUGCGAUAUCGUGUUAUUGCCAUCGUACUGGAGCUAGGGAUAGUGGUGCACUCGAUAGUGAUAGGACUAUCAGUAGGAGCCACUAACAAUACUUGCACCAUCAAAGGCCUCAUAGCUGCUCUUUGCUUCCACCAAAUGUUUGAAGGCAUGGGUCUUGGCGGCUGCAUCCUCCAGGCCGAGUACGGGUGGGCCAAAAAGGCGGUGAUGGCCUUCUUUUUUUCAGUCACAACACCUUUCGGGGUGGUUCUAGGAAUGGCCUUAUCUAAAACGUACAAAGAGAAUGGCCCUGACUCGCUCAUAACGGUUGGUCUGCUCAACGCGUCUUCUAGUGGACUACUCAUCUACAUGGCUUUAGUUGAUCUCCUGGCCGCAGAUUUUAUGGGUCAGAAGAUGCAACGGAGCAUCAAGCUUCAGUUGAAGUCAUACGCCGCAGUUUUGCUUGGGGCGGGUGGCAUGGCCGUUCUAGCUAAGUGGACUUGAUGAUGUGCCUGUGGUACAUUAUCUAGUGCUGUCCUGUAAAUGUGAGGAGGGUUAGAAGCCCAAAAAUGUGGACCAUUAAUAAAUAUGUUUGUAAAAUUUAAAAUGAUUUGAAAAUUUAAAGGACUCCGAUUUGUUAUCUUUAAACAAUUUUUUUGAGCAGGAUAAUUGUGAAUAAAAAGUUGAUGAAUAGAUAUAUUAUUUUGGGUUGGAAGCUCAAACUUCUGAUGUUUGGUGUUAGAGCCGGCUCUGACCUUGGUUUUAAUCUCUUGAAGAUAUAUAGCUUGUGAGAUAAAUCUAGAAAAAAAAUCUAAUCCAGUUCAAUUCUGGAAUGUGUUUCUUCAAUUAUUUGUUAACUCUAUACUUAGAUUAUGCAAAAAAAAAAAAUAUGAAAUCUCUCCAGUGAGGAAAUCAGAAAUGAUUGACAAACUAAGCUAAAAACACUCGAUCAUCAUAUAUAUUCCCAUUUAGUGGAUAUUUUAAUUGUACAUCCUUUCCUAGGUUGACAGCAUGGUCUUUUAGCUAGUAUGUAGUAGUACUGUAUUAUGACUAUGGAAGAUGCUUUCUAAUCUGACUAAAGUUUUUAAUGAUUUUUGAAGAUUAAUUAAAUGAAAUAAUGCAAAGGAUGCGUAACAGCGUAAGUGGUAAAAAUGCUAAGGUGACAAGAUCUCCAGGCGACGACUUACGAAUGAGGGAAACCACCAAUGAUUGUUUUCCCGAGAAUGGGUGCCACUGGAUUCAUAGUCAGUACACUGCAGAACAUUCCAACAACUCUCAAGAAGUGCCUUCUCCGCAGCUAUAAUGGGUCUGUUUAAUUGUGGACAGAUGUUGAUGCUGUGUAUAAGGCAGAUCCAAGAAAAGGUAGGAUUCUUUUUUUUUUUUCCCUCAGUUUUUUUUUUUUAUUAUUGUUAUACUGACAAAUAUGGUUAUAUGCAGUUAGUUUUUGCCGUUAUACCGAAGCCUCUUUUUUAUCAAGAUAUAUUUCAAAUAUUUUUGGUGUUUUAAGUAUUGUUAAAUUAUUUUAAAUAAUUAUUUUUGACUAUCUGUACAUAUUUUCAAGUAUUUUGGACAAUAUAAAAAUACCUUAUCUAUUUUAGUUAUUUUAGAUAUUAAAUCGAAAGAUAAUUAAUACAUUUAAGUAUAUAAAUCUGAUACGGAUAUAUUCGGGUAUCCGAAAUAUUUUUGCUUGGAUCGGAUUCGGUUCCGGUUCUCUAGAUAUUCAAAUUUUAAACCCGUUCAAAUAUUUAAUCAAUUUCGGUUCAGGCUCGGUACUAUUUUUUUGGAUCGGAUUCGGUUCGGUUCUUUGUGUUCAGAUUUUUUGCCUAGUCCUAGUGAUUAUGAUCUCACAGUUACAGGUGUAAGUCUAAUUUUAACAAAAGACAUUUUCAGAAAACACUGUGCCGUCAAAGUCUAAUUCAACCUUAUUACCUGCCCUUUUAGCAUACAGAAGAACACUGCUCAGUGUGAGGAGUAAUGGCACAGGCACUAUAAGACGUUCGCCAGAUAACCGCUAGAGAGAUGGGUCUAAGAUGGACUGUGACUAAGCUGAUGGUGCCAGAUAAAGAAAAUACCGUGUUAAAAGUCCCAAAUCUGCCUCCACUUGUGCAAGAGAUACAAGAGAAUUUAAUGUCAAGUUUUAUUGAGUGUAUAAUCUGUUAUGACAUGGUUAGGCGGUCAGUUAAUAUAUAGUCUUACUCCAGGUGUUACUUCAUUUUUCAUCUGGAAAUGGGCUCUGACCACAAAAUGGUCAAUCCCAGCGCCAACAAUUUUCGUUGUGCUUUUUUCUAUCUCAAUUUUGAUAGAGCCAAUUUCAUAUAAACUAUCAUUAAUUCAAAUAACUACAUGGACUAUUAAAUCCAAGUCAAAAUAAACUUUAAUAAAAAUGAUGUUGGUCAACUAUGCUGAGUCAGACGCCAUAUGUGUAGUUUCUGCUGAAUCAGUUGCCACAUAAUUAUAUAGUUAUUUUUUCAAACAUUACCCAAAAAACUAAAAACAUUACUCAAAUCCGAUAUAUUUAAAAAUUCGAGAAAACUUAAAAUUAUAAUCCAAAAAUAAAACCAAAAACCCAAAAUAUAUUUGCAACUCUGAGAAACUAUAAAUACCUAAAAGUUUAAAAUAUAUUUGAAAAUCCAAAAAAUCAAUAUACCAAAAUAUUUUUGAAUACUCGAAAACAAUAAAAAUAUUUAGUACCAAAAAUAUACCGAAACACACAAAAUAUACCUAAAAAUUCUUGACAAACUAUAAAAA